AAGUUAUCGGAUUCCAGCUGAUUUCAUGCUUUUCAAGAACUCCAGAAAAGUGCAGUCAUAUUUUCGGUAAUAUUCCAAGGAAAGACGAUGAGAAUCAGCGAUGAAAAUGGGGCCAACAUUAUGGAGAACUUCGAAAACACAUGGCAGAGAAUCACCACCAGCACUUCUUCGAGCAGCAGAGACGCGGACUACGAGACUGCCGACACGUAUUGCGCCCAGGAUGCCCUCCGGCCUCUGGUGGCCACCAACUGUUCCGAGUAUGCGGUGGCCUAUGCAAACUGCGAGUUACGUCCGGCUCGUCGAUUUGCGGAGGUUUUUCUGCUGCCGCACAUCCUGGAAACGAUGAGGAAUUUGGGCCUGAACCGGUUGCUCCGACUGCAGAGCUACACAUGGCCACACUUGGCCGGAGGAUCCGAGCACGGGGCGAUGAUUGUAGGGGCUCCAGGCAGCGGUCGCACCUUUGCUUAUGUACCAUCUGUUUGCCAUGCCGUUUCCAGGACUUUAAUGGAAUGUACAUACCAGCGCAAGGACGUGGAGCACAAUUUCUGUCAACUGGAUCAGUAUGGCCCCAUAGCCUUGAUACUCGUGCCUGAUUUGCGACGCGUUCACCAGGUGAGUGCCAUGUGUCAAGCCCUGCUGCACAAGGCGCAGAAGAAAGACUGCCUUACACUGACCCUCAAUGUUUCCUCCACGAAAAGUUCCCAGUUCUUCCUGAAGCUUUUGAACGGAGUUGGUUGCCUGGUUGCCACUCCUGCUCAGCUGGUAUGGUUUUGGCAAGAGGCCCCUGGCCUAAUGCGCUUUCCCUGCCUGCAGUUCCUAGUGUACGACGACGUGGACCUGAUGUCCAAGGAGCAGCUACUGGGCGCCCAGCAGGUGCUGCAUAAGAUCCUCCCUCUGACACACUCUCCCCAAGUGGUAAUGGUUUCAAAGUCAUAUUGUCCCAAACUGAUGUCCGAACUAAGAGCGGUCAACGAUAAACCGGCUCUUGUAUUCGGAGAUCUACUGGAGGCGGCUCUUUACGGCGGAACACGUAUACGAAUUUCCAUAGUUCGCUCAGAAGAUAAAGUUAAUGCAGUGGUCCAAAUGCUGCAGCAGUGUUCUCCCGAGGAGUACCGUACGAUUAUUUUCUGCAUCGACGACAGUGACAUGCAGUGUCUUGUGGCAGCUCUGGAAGAUAGGAACUACCGAUGUCUGCCUUACUACCAGACUGCGGACUUGGGGGUUUUGAAGCAGGUCCAUAGCUGGCAGGCACGAAGUCAUGGUGUCAUACUGCUGUGCACGGACAACUGCCCGGAGCUGGACAUCCGAGAUGCGCACACCCUAAUCCAUCACAGUAUGAGUCAGUCGUGGAGCACGUUUAAAUUAAGACACCUCAAAAUAUCCAACAAUCUGCGUAAUAUCGUGGAAUCUACAGCACCCAUUGUGAAGAUGCCAAUUAAUUCUCUGGUGCUCCUUGACGAUAACAAUCACCGUCAAUUGCCGCGUCUCGUAGACUUUCUUCAGCUGCACAAAAAAGUGGACUGCCGCUUAGUGGAGUUGGCCAAACGGAUUCGGCAGGAGUUGGACAAAGGCAGGAGCGACCAUCAUGCGUUGUGCGACCAAAUCCUUCUGCUGGGAAAGUGCUACAAUCCUGCAUGCGAGAGUCGUCAUAACCGAUCCCACUUCGACAGGAGGCCUGAUUACUUGCCCGCGUCCGGAGAUGUCAAGGUUCAGCUGGUCAAGGUUUACUCGCCGACACAUUUUUGUGUUCGCUUACUUGAACACCUACCGCUCAACGGCACCUGGCAGAUGAUGCAAUACUCGGCUGUGCAGGAGUUUCGCCUGCAGCUGAUGCAGAGCAAGGAGCCCCGUCGAUACUGGCCACCUGUUGCCGGAGCAAUUUGUAUGUACCACACCACAUUGACAAAAGAGCGGGUUCGCGUCCUGAAGGUGGCGACUAUCAAAAACCCUAAUAUAGUUCAAUCCGAUUUGAUGGUUGAGCUUCAGGCCCUAGAUGUUGACACGCGAAUCUUCUCUACCAAUUGUGGAAAACUGUUUGAGUGUCCGGAGGAGCUGCAGCACAAGGUGCCGUUGGCCUGCGAUCUGCGGCUUCAUGGCUGGGUGCCUUAUUCCGGGGAGCACAGCUGGACUGAAGAAGACUGUCGCACUGUGAAUUACAUUCUUAACCAACUUGCAAAGGAUCACUUCCUCCAGACCAAAAUACAUUUCGUCGCCGCAGGAACUUUGUUUGUCCAGGAUCUGGUGGUCAUGGUGUAUGCGGAUAAAUUUAAGGCGCAUGUGCGGCAUCUAAGCGUAGCACGGUGUCUUGUUGAAAACACCUUGGCCAAAAGAUGUGAGCAUGCUGCCGAAUUGAUCAGGAAAUUUUUUGUGGAAGUGUUAAUAGAAGAAGAUAUAGAUAAGAACGUUCAGGACUCCAAGGCAAAAGCGAAUAGCAAACCAAAUAAUAAAGUUAAAGAUGCGAUGACUGUUCAACCGGUCCAGAUGCAAAGUCAGCCCGCUUUAAGCGGAAGGUGUCUGCGACUGGCCAAUAUUGCUCACGAGUCGGGCAAGGAGAACGAGCUGCAUCAGGACGUGCAAGAAAGACGAUAUAGAACCUCGGACGCACCUCACCAAACCAUCGAAUCUGCCCGGCCACAAUCCAAUGAAGACGGAUUUGCCCAGCUGUACGAGUGUAUCAUGAAAUGCGCCUCUCUGCAGCUAGAAGAUAAGAGCGAAUGGUCGAAGAAUUCAGACCAUAUAGACAGAGAUCCAUAUGAAUUCCUUAAGAGCGCUUCUACAGAUAAUCGCAAGCCGAAGACAGCCAUGGAUGCUACACCAUCGACUUUGCUAUCGCCCGACCAUGCCCAGGAGAAGACUCCAUUACUCCUACCCCUUACUAAUGUAGCGCGUCCGUCCGUGACCUACUAUCAGACCAUGACUACCUUAGAGUUACAGGUGUUUCUGCCAGAAGAUGACCAAGUCUACCAGGCGUUACUGCUUGAAGCACAGUUGUUCUUCAGGGCCAUCUCCAAGUCCGCGGAUCUAAUACUGCAGUUUAUUAUGACGCUCAGAUUUCCAUACAGCACAAUGAGUCACCACAUCCGCGGACGCACCGUGUACAUAAGUGUCAUAAAGGUGCUGGCCAUUAUCGAUCCUUUGGCAUUUGGCGAGUAUCGAUUUCUCAAGCCCAAUCACGAUAUGUUCGAUAAGGUGGAUCACCACCAUUUGGAGACAAAAACCCGAUUGGUUCGUUUCCUGGAGGAUAUGGAUUAUGCAAAGCAACAUUUUGAGGCGCAGGAAAAGGGUGAUUCUAGUGAGGAUGAAGAAGGGAAUAUGGAAGGGAUUGAGCGUCCAGACUGCCAUAAAAUAUGGGACACAUAAUCAGAAACUAACAGA